AUGGCUCGUCGAAGCGCAUCACGCGCACUCCCUCUCCUCCUUUUCGCGAUCGUCGUCCUCGCCGCCUCUCACGGCGCGAGUGCCGGGAAGGUGGUGAAGAAACCCUUCGUGCCAGGCCAGAUACUGCGCAAGUGCGGGUGGUCCAGCCUGGGCGACUACACGUCAUCGUUCCUCGUCUAUCCCAACGUGCAUCUACAUUGGAGGAAGGUCGACAGCGACACGAUCAAAUUCGCGUUUCACAUGACUAAGGGCCCCGGGACGGGCAAGGGGUGGUUCGGCGUCGGCUUUUCCAAGGACGGCAAGAUGAAUGGCGAUGCGAUCAUCGCGGAGAGCAUGCGCGCCGGCGCGCCCAGGCUGCUGACGCUCGACGGCCACAGCAGCGUGACCGACGCGACUGGGUGGGCGCCGACGGGACUGAAGAUCAUCAAGAAACCCUCGGGUACCACCAUCGAGUAA